AUGUAUGAAGAAUUACGAUAUCCUAUGUCACACCGUAUUUGGCAAACAAUUACUUAUUUACAAGAUGAUGAACGGCUCUGGUAUGAACAAGAAAAACAAGAAAUCAAGAAUGAUUGGCCUUCUUUUUGCAAGAAGUUGAAGCAACGUAUUUAUGAUCGAAUGAAAAUUAAUAUUAUUCCUUCAAAAGGUCAUUAUUUAUCAUCUGUUAAUGACAUGACACAAGUGGAACAGUUUUCUUCGACUAAAUCUUCGUCCAUUGAAAUUAGUUCAUCAUUAACAUCAGCUCUUUCCAUUACCAUGGCGAGAGAGAUUAUUAAGUCUCCAACAUAUUUUCGUGGUGCAAAAGAUGAUGUUGUAGAAUGGUUAGAAAAAUCAGAACAACGAUUUACAAUGGCUAAUUGGUCUAAUGAACUUAAACUACAAUAUAUACCAAUUCAUUUACAAGAAGAUGCUUAUCAUUGGUGGCAUCAAUCAUCAGCAAAGAUUAGAACUUGGACAUCUUUCGUUGAUGCAAUUAAACAAGCUUUUGGCUCAACCAAACUGAAAGAAUUAACAUUUGAACAAUUGAGAACAUAUAAACAAGCGAUUAAUCAAUCUAUUACGCAAUAUAUGAUAAAGUUAUUGAAUUAUUCAUUAAAAUUACAUAUUGCAUUAUAUGAUCCACAAUCUCCAGAAACAUUUUUAUCUUAUGCCAGGAAAGUGGAAGAUACAUUAUCAUUAGCCAAUACAGAUUAUGAUUUGAAUCAAUAUGAUAAUCAUCAGAAUACAAAUUACGAUCGUCAACCUAUAACAUCAACAGUUAAUCCUCAACAAGAUGUUGAUCGUCGACGUACUGAUGUUUAUCAAUCGCAACUACAAACUUCUACAACAGGUCGUAUGAAUAAUUUUCGUAAAGAUAAUGUUUCAUAUUCUAGUUCAUCAAAAAAUACAACGUCUAAAAGACCAUCAGCAUCGAUUGAUGGUGUUGCUUCCAAGAAUCAAUAUAUAAACCCAUCACAAAGUCUUUAUGUUCCCUUAAUUUAUCUUAAUGCUUAUGUUUAUGAUAAACAAAUGAAAUUAAUGAUUGAUACUGGUGCUACUCAAAGUUUUAUCUCAAAGAUGGCAUUAAAUUCGAUUCGAAACAGCAAAAUAAUUAAUCGAAUUCAACGACAAGUCUUUUUAGCUGAUGGAUACACAUCUAUCACUGUUUAUGGUGAGGUGGAAUUAUCAAUUGUUAUGAAUAAUAUUUAUACCUCAAUUCGAGCACUUAUUGUGAAGAAUCUUUGUAUUAAUUGUAUACUCGGUAUGGAUUAUAUUAGUAAAUACAAAUUAAUAAUUAACAUUGUUAAUCAAUCAAUAUCGAUCGGUGUUAAGAAUAAUCGAUUGACUAUACCUAUUGAUAAUAGUGAAAAGAUUAUUUUUGACACAAUCCCGACAUCAAAACUAUUAUCAAUAGGAAUUUCAGCUAUAAAAACCAAUUUACUUGACACAUAUAUUGAUCGUUUGGUGGAACAUAUUAAUGAUCAUGAUCAACAACAUCAAAUGAAACAAAUUCUUAUUCGUUAUAACAAAUUAUUUGAUACAACGAAACCAGUAAUUGCUUCUAAUGUUAAACCCCAUGAAAUAAAAACAAUAGAUCAUCCACCACCAACAUCAAAGGCUUAUUAUUCUACGCCACAAAAACAAGAAGCUAUGCAUAGAAUUAUUCAAGAAUUAUUACAAUCAAGUCUUAUUCGUAAAUCUUAUUCUAAUUAUGCUGCACCAGCACUGCUAGUACCGAAGAAGGAAAAUACUUGGCGGAUGGUAGUUGAUUACAAGAAAUUGAACAACAUCACUGUUAAAGACAAUCAUCCUUUACCUAAUAGGGAACAAACGAUACAAAUAUUAGGCGGUGGAUAUCAAUUCUUCUCUAAGUUGGACAUGAAAAGUGGUUUUUGGCAAGUUCCAAUUAAAGAAGAAGAUAAACACAAAACGGCAUUUAUUACACCUGAUGGGCUUUAUGAAUGGAACGUAUUAGCUCAAGGUUUAAAGAAUAGCCCUCCAUCAUUCCAAUGA